AUGAGGUGUUGUGUUCUCAAUGCCCGGUCAAUUAGGAACAAAGCGUCUGGCUUUGUUGACCAUAUUUGCGAUUCUAAAGUCGACAUUGCGGUUAUUACCGAAACCUGGUUAAAACCUGGAGAUUCUGCGGCUAGGAUUGCUGCCACACCGCCGGGAUACAGGCUACUCGAUCACCCUCGCCCAGACAGAAAUGAUGGUGGUACUGGUAUAUUGGCACGGGACUCACUUGUAGUUAAAAAAGCAAGAGCGGGUAUUUAUGAUUCUUUUGAGUAUUCGGAGUGGACAAUUGUGUCUGGCUCUACUCGUCUGCGUUUACUUGCCAUCUAUAGGCCACCAUACUCGUCAAGUCAUCCGCUCACUGUGAGCAUGUUUAACUCGGAAUUCGCCGAGUUCCUGGAGUCUGUUGUCAUGACAACUGAGCCUCUGGUGUUGACUGGUGAUUUCAAUAUCCAUGUUAAUAUUGAUUCUGAUAACGAUGCAGCUCGCUUCUUAGAUCUACUGUCAUCAAUGGGUCUACAGCAGCACAUUAACUUCCCUACUCAUAUCUUUGGGAACACCUUGGAUUUGCUUAUCUCAAGGACUCUAGAUUCCAGUCUCAUACAUGAUGUCCGACCUGGCUCUUAUUUCUCAGACCAUUGUAUAGCAUUUUUCGCCAUAAAUGUUUCAAUGCCGGAGUUCUCUAGGAAAAAGGUAUCCUUUAGGAAGGUGAAGGCUAUUGACACAACAGCAUUCAGGAGUGAUUUGUCUGCCUCGGAACUGUGUCAGGACCCACCUUCGGAGACUGUGCAAUUGGUCGACUGUUAUAACAAAACACUUGCUGGAUUUCUCGAUCGCCAUGCGCCACUUAAGACGAAAACAGUUACAGUCAGACCCCAAGUGCCCUGGUAUUCUGAGGAAAUCCGUGAGGCUAAGAGAGUGCGCAGGCGCGCAGAAAGGAAAUGGAGAACUACUAGGUCUGCUGAUGAUCUCGCCUCAUUCAAACGACACAAAAAUCAUGUAACGUAUUUGCUGAAAGAAGCCAAAUCUGCUUUUUUGACUGACUUUGUCAGUCAGAAUUCUGAUAAUCAAGACAAGUUAUUUCGUGCUGUGAAAGAUCUUUUAGUGGAAAAGAACUCACUAUGCUUCUCGGACUAUGCGGAUAAAUCAGCAUUGGCAAACGACAUAGGAAAGUAUUUUGUGGAAAAAAUCAACGACUGCGUGACGAGCUUGACAAGGGUUGUAGUGCCUCGGAGAAUGUACAGAGCGGUGAUCUGGUGA